UGCUCAAGUCUUGGUUUACUAUGGAUUGACCAUCGCUCAUAUUCUUUUUCCUUUUUGCUUCUCCGUAUUGCACACAAAUAGCCGGCCACAAAUGGGCAUCAAAGGCAUCUACAAAGUGAUCGGCCCCGGUGAGCGGGUAUCGCUCUGCAAACUGGCCGUGGACACAUUGGAAGAGACCGGCCGGCCACUUCGACUGGCCAUCGAUUUCUCCAUAUGGCAAUUCCAGGUCCAGGCAGCGAAGGGCGGCGCCAACCCUGCAAUACGCACCCUCUUCUACCGCCUCGUGCGCCUGCUCGGCCUCGCGAUCCACCCUAUCUUCGUCUUCGACGGCCCCAACAAGCCCGCCUUUAAACGCAAUAAGCGCUCUUCGGGCCGCGGCGACGCCGUAGCCACGGCGAUGGCCAAGCGUUUAAUUCGCCUCUUUGGCUUCGCAAUUCAUGACGCCCCGGGAGAGGCAGAGGCUGAGUGCGCCCUGCUCGAGCAGCAAGGGGUAGUCGACGCCGUGCUCAGCGAAGAUGUCGACACAAUCAUGUUUGGCUGUCGGAGGACCUUGCGGAACUGGUCUGCCGAGAGACCCAGGGGCUCCAAGACGCCGACACACGUGUCUGUGUAUGACGUCGGUGCGGUCGCGGCCGGGUCGAGCGGGCUGGACAGGGAGGGCAUGGUGCUGGUCGCGCUGAUGAGCGGCGGAGAUUAUCUGCCCGAGGGCGUGCCCGGGUGCGGCGUCAAGGUCGCCUGCGAGGCGGCGAGGGCGGGGUUCGGGCGUGACCUGUGCCGGCUUAAGAAAGCGGACAGGGAGGGUCUGGCGGCCUGGAAGGCCAGGCUGCUGCAUGAGCUUCGGACUAACGAGAGCGGAUACUUCCGGACUAGGCACAAGGCGUUAGAGAUUCCGGAGAGCUUUCCGAACAUGGAGGUCCUACGGUACUAUACCCACCCGGUCGUGUCGCGGGAGGCGACUGUCGAGAGGUUGAAGAGGAGUUUUCCUUCGACGAGCACGGUUGACGUUGCUGGGCUGCGCGAAUUCACCCGUGAGACAUUUGACUGGGCGUUUCGGAACGGCGCUGUCAAGCUCACCCGCGUGCUGGCCGCGAGUCUCCUGGUUCAAAGGUUUCUCGAGAGAUCGGUGUCUCCGGAGUUGGACCAUGACGAUGUCAAUACCAAAGAGAAAGUCGAGUUAGGGCUUGUUAAAGCAAUUUCGAGCAGACGAGCGCACUUCAGCACUGACGCCACCCCUGAGUUGCGAAUAUCGUUUGUCCCGGCUGAUAUCGUCAAAUUGGAUCUCGACGCGGAGCCCGAAGAAGAGGUCGAGGCCUUUGGCCGGAGCGGCAUCGCGCUGAAUAGCGACGACGAGUUCGAGGACGAAGCAGAGGAGGAACUUGGCAGUGAGCAACCAAAGAGUACGAGCUCGAAGAAGCCGUUUGAUCCGUAUCAACCAGAGCUUGUAUGGGUUCCAGAGACUCUGGCGAAGCUGGGGAUACCCCUGACGGUGGAGGGCUGGGAGGGACAGCAGCGUCUGAAGGCGCAGCGGGCUGCUGCAAAGGGCACCCAGAAGUCAGGAGCAAAAAAGACAGACAUGCCGGCAGGGGCACUCGAUAAGUACCUCAAGGUCACGAAGAAUGUGGUUGAAAGUCCUACCAAAGCCACCAUUCGUCUUGAGCUUGCUUCUUCGCCUCCAGGAGUUAACAGUCAGCCCGCGCCUCGGGGAAGAAGUAAGCAGUUCAAGAAGACCUCCACAUCUUCCCUGCCCAAAGCACCGGCGAACGUCAACCCCUGGACACUGGCAAGCUUACAAGCCAGUCCUAGGGCUGCCCAAUCUUUCCCAUUCUCCGUCUCACAGGCUCAAGCAAAACCCAGCUCUUCUAGGGAGACUAUUAUUAUCUCGUCUAGCCCUGUUGCCCCUGCGUCACCGGUGAAUAACGGGGCGUGCGUGAGGUCCAGUCAGACAACGCCCACAAACGUCAAGCGGCCGAGUCCUACAGUGGACGACGAUAUUUCACCGCCGCCAUUAUUCAGCCCAUCUCCAAGUCCGAGGAAGCAACGGUUCCCAGUCUCGGAGAAGCCCGCUGAAGAGCAGCCUGUCGUCGCAAAGGCGCAGGCAGUGAGAAAACCCCGGCCAUUCAAGAGGGUCAAGAGCGGAGUCGAAGGCACCGCAACGGCCUCAUCAACGCAGAAGCCAAUCAAGGACUUUGGCCGUGUCUCGAAGCACGCCAGUUCUUCGCAAGGCAAUACCAAACCUGAUGUGCCAGGCACACAGCCAAUCGAGAUACUCACAGACGAUGAGGACUUGGCUCUGCCGCCGAUCAAACAAUCGCCAGUGUCAAGCACUAUCGGCCGGAGGACCAGCCAUGACACGGCAGAAGACGACAUCGACAGUGACGAUGACCCCUUUGUGUCUUCGCCUCCCGCCCAACAUUAUCGCACCCGGUCACCAGAGUCCCGACCAGAGCCAGCAGACGACGCUCCGACCUCGGCAAGCAAGGACGAACCGGAAGGAGAAGAACAACAAAAGACAGCCGCUGACAAUUCGGCCGAUGCCAACAAUAUCUCUUCCCCGGCCAGUGUCCCAGCCAACGUAACAACAGCAACCGCGGCAACUACCGCGAAGAGCGCAACAACCAAGGUUUUCAUCCCUCGCACAAGUCUCGGCGGACAGGGUUUUUUCAGUGAAGUCGAAGUCAGCCGUGACAAGGCGGACGAAAUCCUGGCUGCCUACAAUGGCGGCAAUGGCUCGGGGAUGGAGAACGGGAAGGCGCAGAGGAGAAAGGCCUGGCGGCGGAGCGAGCUUGAUAUUUUGGACUUGACGGGGGAGGAUUGA